UGUAUAUAUAUGUAUUCAUAUUUAGACAAUUGAAUUGCAUAUGAGGGGAUGUCAUCUGAUGUGCUGUACAGGGGGAUUGUCACACCGUGGCUUACAUCUCUCAUUGUAAAUGGCGUUGCUCUGGUUUAAAAUCCCACUGUUUUAUCUUUUUUUGGGGGCCUCAUGGCUUUUUAAUGCAACGUAUACAUUUUACUGCGAGUGUUGGUCCGGUGUUUGGCCGAGCUCGUCAGAGGAAGUUGACACAGGACGACCGGUUAAAUACGUGACUGCGUGCGAUCAGUUGUCAGAUAAGUUUAAUUAGAAGACAAACAUGGACCAAAAAAAAAAAGGGCUUGAAAUUGUGGCCACGUCCUGGCGAAUUGCAUAAAUCAGCCGUUCUUGCAUUUUUUAUAACCAAGAUAUGAACUGAAUAUGCAGAGCCAUGUGCACACAGUCGUGCGUCGUGGGUUUCUGUUGCUCAUGAGCGAGCAAACAACCAUGUUGUACUGAUGCUGCAGAUUUGAUGGUUGUAUAUAUGCAGGCUUGGAGGUCCGCAGAGCAGGGGCUUGUCGGUGCAUGGUCUCUCUGAUUUUCCUUUUGAAUAUUCUUAUACUUUGUUCACCUACUCGGUAUUUACUCGGUGUAGUGUCGCAGAAACCUUGCCUUUUUUCUGUUCGCGUCUUCAUCUUUUUGUUAGGAUGCAACACGGUUCAAAAUCAAACAAACAGGAAACGUCACUGGCUGUCAGAAAUUGCCCUUUGUCUGAGGACAAUCUGGAUUUUUCUCAGGGCUGCAUCUUCACGUUCACUUUCUGUUUCAGAGGAGCUAUGGGGUUUUUUUUUUCUUCUUCCUCCUCUUCCCAUGCAGGGAAAAGCCUCACCCAUACAAGUUGGGCCCCAUGCAGUAAACAACUUAGAUGAUUGGUUUUGCUUUAUAUACUGUGAUUUAAUAAGGAAAACACCAACGUAAGCCAGUCCGGCCAGCGUCGGUGGUACCAGUGCCAUGCUUUCCAUUGGUUCCUGUUUACAUGAUGCCCACAGGACACGCGGUGAUUGGUGGCGCUCCGCACGUGACCAGGCAACUUUGUACAUUUGACAGGGAGUAGGAGGGUUUUGUGGAGAUCAGAAAAACGACAGCGCGAUAAAAAUUAGUAUUGUUGCACUUCACAAAUUAAUGACCAUGAGCUCCUACUUGAUAAACUCCAACUAUAUCGAGCCGUCCUUUCCUCCAUGCGACGAAUACCAGCAGAGCGGAUACAUUCCCAACCCCGGCGAUUACUACGAGCGGCCAAAAGAUACGGGCUUCCCCCAUCACGACGAGCCAUCCUAUCCGAGGUCAAACUACACCGAAUCGGGAUACGAUUACGCGAACGUCCCCGCCACCGGACUCGAGGAUUUCGGCGAUGGGCAUCACGCACCGCCGCAGCCGGUUCCACAGAGCCACGGUCCUCGCCUCGCGGCGGCCCCAGACGGUGGCGCAGGAGCAAAUGCAAGCAAAGACUGCAGCCUUGCCACUGAGGCUUAUCCCGGCGUAGCGAAGGGCAAGGAGCCGGUGGUCUAUCCUUGGAUGAAAAAGGUCCACGUUAACACCGUCAGUGCCAGUUACAAUGGAGGAGUGCCCAAGAGGUCCCGCACUGCCUACACCCGCCAGCAGGCUCUGGAGCUCGAGAAGGAGUUCCACUUCAACCGGUACCUGACCCGGCGCAGGCGGGUGGAGAUUGCGCACACCAUGUGCCUGUCCGAGCGCCAGGUGAAGAUCUGGUUUCAGAACCGGAGGAUGAAGUGGAAGAAGGAGCACAAGCUCCCCAACACCAAGAUCCGCUCCUCGAGCUCGGCCUCGUCCUCAGCCUCGGGGGCCCAGCAACAGCAGCAGCAGCAGCAGCAGAUCAAAACAGGCCAGCAGCUUGUCCCCACGCCGUGCACUGCGGGUCUAUAGUGCAUGAACGAACCCCACCCCACAAAAAAACCCAAUCCAGACUGAGAUGGCAAAUAACACAAGUGGGAUUUGUUGGACCAAUUCUCAGUAUUUUACACACAUGGUGUUAUCUCUUUCACCUUGCCUCUGCCAUUGGGCCCCUGUCACCUCCUUUGUACCCCUUCCCCUCUCCGCUCGUCCUUGCCCUCUUCAUAUAAGCUUGAAAUUCACCUUUAAUUGCCACGGUGGCAACUGAAGUGUUUAUAUAUUUGUUUAUUAUUAUGGAAGAAGGAUUACGCACACUCAAACAUAGGACUUGGAUCAAAAAUGUAUCAUUACAGUAAAAAAAAUGAGUGAGGUAAAAGUAAGUUUGAACUCAUUUUUCCAUAUUAUUUUUGGAUUAUUGUUUUUUUUCCCUGUUUUGUAUUAUUGCUCACGGAAAGCUCUAAUAUACUUGAAAGAUAUUUAGCGAGAAUCUAUAGAUGCCUGUUUAGAAAACCAGGCGGCUGUUUUAGAGGACGUGGCAUCAGCCAGAGUAAGUGUAGUUUGUGUGUUUGAGUGGGUCGGUUUACUGUUGAAUGUAGUCCAGGUGACUUUCCACAUUUUAAUGUACAUAGACAAAUCAUACAGAAGGCACAAUAAGCAAAACGCAUUUCGUCCAGUAUAAUUCUGUUUGUUGGUGUUGUUGUACGGUCUAGUUUUUAUUUGUGCCAGUGCGUCCCAUGUUGUGCUGUGUUCUAAACUGUGAAUAUUUGUAUGUGCUGUCUCAGUAAUGGCCGUUGUGAUGUAGGCUAGUGUAGGAUCAAAUUGUCCUUGUGAAAUAAAUAUGUACUUCACUUUA